AUGGAUGAAGCCUGCAGCUAUCUUGGAGAGUCCAUUAAUGCUUUUAGUGGUCACAUUUCCAGCCCCAAUUUUCCCAACAACUAUGACGCAAACAGGAUUUGUAUCUGGAAUAUCACGGUACCCGGUGGGAAAAUCAUCAAACUGACCUUCUUGAAAUUUACCCUGGUAGCAGGUGAAAACGAUGACUGUGCUGGAGUGGCAGCAGAUAGUGCCCGAGUCUUUAUCACAAACGUUGCCUCUCAUGGAGGAAAACCUAAUGACUUUAAGAUCUGUGGUCAAAAGCUUCCCCCUCCUGUGUACUCCAAGGAAAAUUUCAUUCAAGUGAGAUUUGAAUCUCGCAACGGCUCUGUAAACAAAGGGUUCAAUGCAACCUUUGAGGCGAUAAAUGGAGAUUCACUGUGCCCAACAGAUAUGAUCCUCGAUGAAACAUCAGGUUCUUUCUCCUCUCCCUUUUAUCCAAGAAACUAUCCAUUCAACCAGACAUGUAGCUGGAAGAUUAUAGGGAAACUAGGAUACCGUGUUGAGCUGACAAUACCAGACUAUAAUCUUGAACGUUGUGGUGGCGCUGCUUGCUCGUGUGAUUAUAUGGAAGUUCAGAAUAGCUUCAGUGAUGAAGCGCUGCCUGGAAAACUAUGUGUUUGUCCCAGGGAAGCAAUUCCUCUCUCAGGAAGCGGGAAAAUAAGCAGCACAAACUACCCAAAGAGUAACUACACUGCGUCCAGAAAUUGUACCUGGAACAUUACUGCACCAGCUGAAAAAAUUGUAAAGUUUACGUUUACUGACUUUGUCUUAAGUGAGUGUUCAGCCAGUCCUUGUUCGGAUUCUUGUUCUUAUGUGGAGCUCUAUGAUGGUGGGUCAACAAGUUCGCCUUUGCUAGGGCGAUUUUGCCAGGGGUCGGCUUGGAAUGAGACUCAGUUGUCGAUUGGAAACCAAAUGCUUGUGAUCUUCCAUCCUGGACAAACAGUUGAUCGUGGAUUUGAAGCGAAAUAUGAAUCCACAACGACCGGUGAUAACCGGCUGAAGUAUCGAGCGAUUUGCUGCUCUAUCAACCAGUCAGUCUUGGACAACAUUUCUGCAAGGUCCUGGAUUCGGGCUCUGGCAGCAACUGCAGCAUCCUGUCUCGGCCUGAACACUAGCACGUUUGGGUUCAAAUCUGCUGAGGGAGUGUCUGCAUGUGUCUCACAACCUGGUCGCAGUUUAGCUCAAGAGGAGACUGUUCUUGCAGUUCCUGAGGUAUUUAGCGCGUUUGCGUCGGUCCAGUUCCUCGAUCCUACAUAUUUUCUCUUCUGGCAACUGACUGGUUCGCUGGAACAGGAAUGUCGAUGGUACUUGAUAGGACCAGCAAAAUCUGUGCCAAUAACUUCGAAGGCUGCUCCACCAUUUGUAUGGUCUGUAGGCAGUGGUUCAGAGGGUGGCACUGUUAAGGGUGAAGCUAUGAAACGUUUACAGCCCCCAACAAGCAGAUCACUUGAGUAG